AUGGAUGUUAAAUUAAUUGAUAUAGUUGAUGAUUUAUUAAAAGCAGAUAGACCUUUGUCAGACGAUACAUUAAUAUGUCUUUAUUCAAUAUUUAACAAGACAGUAUUCUCAUCAUUACAACUAGUAGAUAAUGAUUCAAUAUCAAAAUAUAUCUUUUUUCCAUCGAAUCGAUCAAUCUAUGUGGUCGAUGGUAGAAAAGGAACAAAGUAUAUGUGUCUAUUGGAUGCAAAUUAUUGUAGUUGUCCAAGUUUUGGUUUUAAUGUUCUAUCAAAACAAGAUUCAAUCUAUUGUAAACAUCAAAUUGCAUCAUUAAUUGGUGAAAUAUUAAUUCAAACUCAAUCAAGACAAAUGAAUAAUAAUGAUAAUAUGAAAUUGGAAGAAUUAUAUUCAAGAAAAAUAAGAGUAAUGAAUUUUAUGGAUAGUGAAUAUACAAAUCAAAUAGCAUCAGUUGAAGCAUUAUCAUUUAAAACUCCAACACAUCCAACUAGUAGUCGUUCUAAAAAUAAUCAUCAUCAUUGA